AUGAAAAUCACGGUGCAGUCAUCCAAGUCCGUCAAGCCCGACUACGGCAGCUGCGGUGGCAGACGCAGCAGCGCCGCUUCCUUCGCCACCGCCGACUUCGUCCCACUCACCGUGUUUGACAAGGUAACCGUCGACGUCUACGUCUCCCGCAUAUACUUCUUCCGCCCACCGGCGCCGCCCAGCUCCGCCAUGGAGGCAGGGCUGGCCAAGGCGCUCGCCGAGUACCGUGAGUGGGCCGGCCGGCUCGCCAUGGACGCCACCACCAGCGGCAACAACCGGGGCAUACUCCUCAACGACGCGGGCGCGCGGUUCGUCGAGGCGGCGGCCGACGUCGCACUGGACAGCGUCAUGCCGUGGGAGCCAACGCCAGAGACCACGAGCCUGCACCCAACCGGCGACGACGACGACGAUGGCGCUGACGAGCUGAUGCUCCUCCAGGUCACGCGGUUCGCGUGCGGCUCGUUCGCCGUCGGCACCACCGCGCAUCACCUGGUCGGCGACGGCCCUGCUGUGCGCAGCUUCGUCGUCGCUUGGGGCCAGGCCACGCGUGGCGCCGCCGUCGACCCUGUCCCGGUGCACGACCGUGUGUCCUUCUUCGUGCCCCGCGACCCGCCUCGGGUCCAGUUCGCGCACCGCGGCGCCGAGUUCAAGCCUCGCGGCGAGACGCCGACGGGUACACGUACAAGCGACAGCAGCCCCGCCGCCGGUGGUCAGGUUGUGGUGGUGCACAGAGCGCACUUCAGCCGCGAGAUGAUCUUGGAGCUCAGAUCACGGGCAUCAUCGUCAGCCGCCGGAGUCAGAUUCCGGCCAUACCCAUACACGACGCUGCAGUGCGUGGUGGCGCACCUGUGGCAGUGCAUCACCAAGGCACGCCGGAUCAGCACAGACAGCACGGCCACCGAGUUGCACAUCGCCGUGAACGGGCGCGCGCGCAUGCGCCGUCCGCCGGUGCCGGACGGGUACACCGGAAACGCCGUGCUGUGGGCGCGGCCGACCGCCACGGCGGGGGAUCUGGUGGCCAUGCCGCUGCGUCACGUCGUGGAGCUCAUACGCCAGGGGGUUUCCCGGAUCGACGACGGCUACUUCCGGUCGUUCAUCGACUUCGCGAGCUCCGGCGGCGCGGUGGAGAACGAGCAGCUGGUGCCGACGGCUGAUGCUUCGGAGACGGCGAAGAGCCCACACGUCGCGGUUUACAGCGUGCUGGGGUCCCCGUUCCAUGAGAUCGACUUCGGCGGCGCCGGCGCCGGCGGCCACGGCGGCCAGCCCUUCUUCUUCAUGCCCAGUUACGUCCCCGUGGAGGGCCUGGUGGUCGUCGUGCCGUCGUUCUGCAACGACGGCAGCGUCGAUGCCUAUGUGUCUCUCUUCAGCCACAACGUGGAUGAAUUCAAGACCUGCUGCUAUUCCCUGGAAGCAGCAGGAGAGGCACGCCUUUAG